AUGGCGUCCGAGAGAAACAGACUGUUGUUGUUGCUUGAGCUGAACAGCAUAGACACUCUGAUGCUCCUGAUUCACAAACGGAGACAGGAGCGGCUGAGACGCGUCCGGAGGUGGUAUGUGCGGCCUCCGCAUGUACCGAGGCCGCGGGCAUUAGACUGUGUCCCUGCCAUUGGACGCUUAAAGGACAUGGACGAAGAAACGCACUUCAAGUACUUUCUAAUGUCGCCUGGUACAUUUGACAAACUCUUAAAGCUCGUUCUGCCUCAUAUCAAGCAUCAGGGCACCCACCGCAUGCCCAUCGAGGCCGCCCAGAGACUGGCUGUGACCAUCCGAGUCUUGGCCUCCGGAGAAAACCAGCAGACUGUGGCUGCGAGCUUCAACCUGGGAGACAGCACUGUGUCUAGGAUUGUGUCAAAGGUCUGCAAGGCGCUGUGGCUGGCUCUACAGCCAGAAUAUCUGCCAUGCCCCUCAACCAGCCAGUGGAAAGACAUAGCAGCUGAUUUUUGGCGACUUUGGGACUUUCCAAACUGCGUUGGAAGCCUCUGUGCGAAACACGUCAACAUUAAGACGCCGCCAGCUCACGCCUCGAGAGAACCGAAGGGAUCGCUCUCUGUUCUCCUCAUGGCCACAUGUGAUGCCAGGCACCGCUUCACCACGUUGGACGUGGCCGCUUACGGGCGAGAUGGCGACAGCCAAUCGAAGCUGCUCGGACAGACGCUGAACCUGCCUCCCCCCGCUGCUCUCCCCGGCACUGAGACUCUGAUCCCCCACCUGAUGGCUGCUGAUGCUGCCUUCCCUCUACACAACAAUAUCAUGUGUCCCUUCCCUGGAGAGAAUUUGUGCAGAGAGAGGCAGACCUUCAACUACCGCCUGUCAAGAACCGUUCGGGCUUGUACUGUCCUCCACAAUUACCUGACCGUUAAUGAUGAAGCAAACACACCGGAGAUGCGCUACAUACCGCCACAUUUUCUGGACUCGGAGUCUGAUGGACUGGUGCAGCCCGGCGAGUGGCGCAACGGUGUGGCUGACAAUUCAAACCUGCAACCUUUACCACCUGCAGAGAUGGAUCCAGAGAGGACUACUUCAGAAGCUGUUUGUGUCAGAGAUAAACUGACUAAGUUCUUUAUGGAGCCAGCAGGAGCAGUACCGUGGCAGGGUGACAUUGUGGCACACUUGGCAGUCGCUCAAGAACCAAUUGAUUUUAUAGACUUCUAG